AUGGUGGUCAGUACCAGCUAUCGUGUUGCGCGUCAGAUCUCUAUUCUCUGCAAAUCAGUACGGCCCCAUGCAGCUUCCGAGAUUGGUCGAACGAAUUGGAAUUCCACUGUCAGAUGUAUCCAUACAACACCAAUAGCUUUUAAAACGAAGGAGAAUGGAGCUAUUAUUGAAGAAAUGUUUGAUGGUUCUCCGGACAACGACCUCUUUAGCAACCCAGAGCAAACGCCAAAAGCAUUCGCAACAAAACCGACCUCAACGAAAUCCUCACGCAUCUCGGCUUCUAACAAGAAACUUACAUCUACGGAACGCACCGCUCGCUUUGAUAACUUAUACGACUCUCUUAUUCCACAUCUCACCAAACUCGUCCCUCCUCCUAAGAAUCCUGCAUCCUUGGCCGACCCUGCAAAGGACCCGGCAUAUCUUGAACAAAGGGCUCUUCGGAAGAAGAUAAAACCUAUCAGACAUACUGUCUGGACGCAUCUCAUUCAACUGGCGCAGACGGAAGAAGAGCUGGUUAAAGUGGCGGAAUCGUUCGGGAAAUGGAGAGAUCUCGGACACAAGUUCGACGAAACCUUUGCUGAAACGUUUGUCGCACGCUGCGAAAGCCUCAGAUGCCCGAAACUUGCCCUCCAGGUCUUCGGUGACCACGCCAAAUUUGCAUUACCCCUUUCUCUUCCUGCAGCUCGACGCCUUCUUCAUUCUCUUCACGCGAAUUCAUUAUCAGAUGUGUUGACGGCUUCGGCUCUAUACCAUGUAUACAGUCUCCCACCUGUCGCUGAAGAUUUGCCGUCUUGCGCUCUUGUGUUAAGAGCGGCUUUGAAGACAUACCGUGCACCGUCGCCUAAACCGCAGACUGAAACUGGUGAUACUGCAUUUUCUUCCGAAAAUACUGCUUCUAUUACAUCAAAACAACGGUCUGCUACGUCCCAGGUUGUCCGUGGUCUUAUUCCGUCUCUCCGGAAUUUAUUAGAAAAGAGUAAGCCAGGUUCCUGGGCCGUUCCUCGCGCUCCUCAGGAGAAGACGAAAGUUAUCGUUACAGUGAAGGGUCACGGCAAGAAUAGGAAAAUGAAAAGGUCCUACAUGUUGGAGAAGCUAUGGGUUCAAUGGUGUUUGUCAAAAAUUCACCCGUGGCUGGCGAGAAGUAAGGAUAACCCUGGGGAUCUCGAAUGGUUGAGGCAAUGGAGGAUAAGGGAGGGUCAUUUAAAAAUUAAGCCGCAACCUGAGGUUGCAUGA